AUGGUCCGCGCGUCUGGACUUUUGAUCUUGAGCCUUUUCGGCUCAGCUCUCGCUGUCGCCGCGCCGCAGUUUGACCAAGGAGCCGAGCUACGCAAAAUGGAUGCUUCGAUGCCAGCUUUCCGGGAGGUUCGUGUACCAAUGAUCCGGCCUAAGAAGUACCGCGAGGCGUAUUUCUGCUGCAUGGCCAAGAAAUGUGAUGCAGAUGUGAUGCCUGAAUCUGUCGAGCGCCAACAUACAGAAUGCCAGGCCAGGAACCUCGACUUUACCUUUGACGCUGAGAAAGGUUGCGGCAUCGAGUCAGAAGGAACCAGUACCUGUUCCUUGUCUUCAACCACGAGCAACGCCAAAACUACUUCGCAUGUUUCACACGGUUCUUCAGCGACAUCGAUUCCAGCCUCUACGACAUCAGAGGCAGAAACUACCAGGAGCACCAAGGGCGCAGAGAGCGCUUCAAGUACUGCUCGGGAAUCAUCUACAGGUGGUGCAGCCCCUGCGACGGACAGUGCACCACGGUUGGGUGCCUCUCUUGGGGUACUGAGUAUAAUAUUCAUGAUCGUAGGAAUACUCCUCUAG